UAUAGUGUCAUUCACUGAUCACACAAAGACUGGAUCCAGCCCGCCUGAGCUGCGCGAGGAGCCAGACACUGAUGCAAGUGUAAAGGCAGAAAACAACAAACCCAAACCAUCAUCAUGAGUAUGAACUACUCCUCUGUGGCGCCCACGCAGAGGUCCACGUCGUUUUUUAUUGAGGACAUCUUACUGCAUAAACCCAAGCCGCUGAGAGAGGUCAUCCCCUCUCCAUUCUGCAGCUCCCUGGCCUCUCGGAUGCCCAUCCUGGAAUAUGGAUAUCCUCUCAUGCCGACCCCGAUAUUGGCGCCGCAUCCGCACCACCCGCUCCACAAGCCGGAGCACCCACAGUACUUCUUCACAUCUGGGAUGCAAAUGCCCGCUUUAUUCCAGCACCACGCAGAGUUACCGGGAAAGCACUGCAGGCGCAGGAAGGCCCGGACGGUGUUCUCAGACUCGCAGCUGUCCGGCCUUGAGAAGAGGUUUGAGAUCCAGCGGUACCUGUCCACCCCAGAGAGAGUGGAGCUGGCCACGGCGCUCAGUCUGUCCGAGACUCAGGUAAAAACGUGGUUCCAGAACAGGCGGAUGAAGCACAAGAAGCAGCUGAGAAAGGCGCAGGACGAGCGGAAAACUCCCGCCGGGGAACUGGACAGAUCCGCAGAAAACUCCAGCGAGAGCGAGCUGACCGACAGUAAGAGCGCAGAGGAGCUCACACACGGACUGCAGCCGGACUCCUUCAUGCUAGACGAGAACGACGAGGACGACGUGGACAUCGAGGACGACGUUUGCUCCCCGGAUCAUCUGCUAUAGUAGGAUGCAGAGCUGUUUUAUUAGCAGCGACUUUCACUCUGUAAGUCUGUAUAUACCACGUUCUGUUCACUCCAGUUAGGCUAAAAAUGGUCCACUGUUUUAAUAUUUAUUCACACGCGCAUGACGGGACCAUUAUUUUACUUUGUACAACUACCCUCUUUACACUUUGUAUAAGAAAGAUGGUGUUUUUACGUCCGACAAGAUUAUAAUUAUUAUUAUUGUUGUUAUUAUUAUUAUUAUUAUUAUUAUUAUUAUUAUUAUUAUUAUUAUAAACCAUUGUUAUGCUAUAUCACUAUAAUUCCAGAUUUUUUUUUCAAGGUAAAACACGAUUUUUAAUUACUCUUAAAAAAUCGGACUAUUUUGGAUAACUCAUCCAUAGAUCUCUUUGCUUUGCAACAAAGACGCAUCACGCCGCCCAGCCUUUAUGCACUUAUACGCUACUUUUUAUUGUUAUCUUUUUCUAUUCGUCUACUUUUGAUAUUUUUUUGCAAUUGUAUAAUAUUAUUAUGAAUACGUUUUAGUCAAAGGAACUGU